AUGACACUAGUCUUGCGAUACGUUGACAAAAGUGGAGAGUUGAUAAAGCGCUUUUUGGGCAUUGUCUAUGUGAGUGAUACAUCUGCAAGAUCAUUACAGAAAGCAAUUUAUUCUUUACUUGAGGAUCACUCGCUAUGUUUAUUGAAAUUAUGUGGACAAGGUUACGAUGACGCUAGUAAUAUGCAAGAAGAAAAAAAUGGCCUAAAGUCUUUGAUUUUGCAAGAUGCUCCAUCUGCAUAUUGUAUUCACUGUUUUGCUCAUCAGUUGCAAUUGGCACUUGUCGCUCUUUCUAGAAAACAUUCAGAUGUGAAAAUUUUCUUUUAUGUUGUCACUAAUGUAUUGAAUACUAUUGGAACAUCUUUUAAGCGCAGGGAAUUACUUCGACAACACCAAGUGGAGAAGUUGGAAGAAUUGCUUAAAGCGGGAGAAAUUUUUACUGGGCAAGGAUUGAAUCAAGAACCUGGUCUCCAACGACUGGGUGAUACUCGUUGGAGAUCUCAUUUUAAGAACUUGGAAAAUUUCAUGGUUAUAUUUUCUUCAAUUGCUAAUGUGCUUAAAGAUAUGAAAGAAUAUUAUCCACUCAAGCUUGAUAGACUUGCAACAGGAAAUCUUUUGGAUAACAUUCAGGAAUUUGAAUUUGUCUUUAUUUUGCAUUUGAUGUUCAAUAUUUUGCUUUUUACAAAUGAAUUGAACAAAGCUUUACAAAAGAAAGAUCAAGAUUUCGUCAAUGCUAUGGAGUUCCUUAACCUUGCAAAGAUAAGGUUACAAAAAAUGAGAGAAAGUGAAUUGGAGUCUUUGAUGGAUGACGUUUAUUCAUUUUGUGGAAAACAUGAAAAUGUGAUUCCCAAAAUGGAUGAUGACUAUCCAAGAUCAAAGCGUAAGAGGUCCGGAAUUUCAUAUUUACAUCACUUUCAUGUGGAAGUAUUUUAUGCAGUUAUUGAUUUGCAACUUCAGGAGCUCAAUAAUCGAUUUGAUGUUGUGACUAGUGACUUGCUCCUUGGUAUGGCUAGUUUGAAUCACGUUGAUUCAUUUCCUAAUUUUGGCAAGAACAAGACAAUGAAGUUGGCCGGUUACCAGCUUGAUAGUUUCAUUGUCUAUGCUCGACAACGUGAUAGCAAGUUUCUCAACUUGAAGGGGAUUAAGGAUCUUUCUAUUGUGAUGGCAAAAAUAAAAUUGGAUCAAACUUGGUCUCUUGUUUAUUUACUUGUGAAGCUGACAUUGAUUUUACCUGUUGCUACUGCAAGUGUGGAAAGAGCAUUUUCCUCAAUGAAGCUCAUAAAAAAUGAUCUACGUAAUCGCAUUGGUGGAGAAUUUCUAAAUGGUUGUUUAGUUUGUAAGAUAGAGCGUAAGGUAUUUGCAACUAUAAGCAAUGAUGCUAUUAUGGAUCGUUUUCAAAGGAUGAAUCCUCAUUGA